CAGGAGCAAAAUUAUAACCACCUGGUACUUAACAGUGCAACCCAGACACCUACAAAUGAAAAACCACGCAUGAACAAUAUUCUUACUUCUGCUACGGAGCCGUAUGAUCUCUCCUUUUCCAGGUCCUUCCAGAACCUCUCACACCUCCCACCAUCCUAUGAGGCUGCAGUCAAGACUAAUCCAAGUAAAUAUUCUUCUCUGAAGAGAUUAACAGACAAAGAAGCUGAUGAAUAUUACAUGAGAAGAAGGCACCUUCCAGAUCUGGCAGCACGAGGGACCCUCCCUCUCAAUGUCAUCAAAAUGACUCAGACCAACCAGAGAGACAGGCCCCGCCGGCCCCUGCGGGCUAUGUCCCAGGACCGGGUGCUAUCCCCUGAGAGGAUCAUGCCUGAGGAGUUCAGCAUGUCCUAUGAACGAAUUCUCUCUGAUGAACAGCUUUUGUCAGCAGAGCGUCUCCAUUCCCAAGACCCCUUGCUCUCCCCAGAGCACUCGGGUUUCGCAGACCAGUCUAUGUCACGGGCAUUGUCUCAUACAGACGUCUUUUUUUCAACACCUGUCUUAGAUCGCUACAGGAUGACAAAGAUGCACUCCCAUCCUAGUGCCUCAAAUAACUUAUACAAUACCUUAAGUAUGAACCAAACUUCUGCUAAGCGCCAAGCAUUUGCCUCCCGACGGCACAACACGGUGGAACAACUUCACUUUAUCCCAGGAUACCACCAUUAUCCCACAGCAAGCAAAACAGAGGUGACUGUUUGAUAUGACCUUGUGCAUUGUAGAUAAACAGUAAGGACUGGGAUGGCCCCAGCACCCCACACUGCAGUGGCCUUGUUGGCCAAGAUAACCUCUAACUCAGCAUCUGAAAAGAUUUUUCCAACAGUCACACCUGCAUUGUUUUUAAAACCAUCCAAAAGUUGUUGACAUGAGAAGAAAAUUCAAGAUAUAGUGAAGGGAUAGUGGAGAAAUUUCCUGACAUGUAUCAGCUUCUAUUAAGAAAGCCAUAGCAGUAGUUGGCACCUUCCAAGGGCUUAUCUGCACAAACUCAUUAUUUUUAUGAAUUUAAGACUAAUGUUUUUUGCAACAAGCAGACUCUCUUUCAGAGAGCCCAUGAUAGGAAGGAGGAAAUGAAGCAUGGCAGAAGGAAAUAGCAGGGUGGGGCCCUGUUGCCAUCUCUCACUUCAGCCCUUGGGGCUGCUGUGGAACCUUUCAGUGACUGGAGGACAUUGCCCUUGGCUGCUAAGUGUCACAGCCAGGCAGAAAGAUGUUAGUGAGUUGCCAAGUAGCUGUUCUUCCUGAACCUUUGAGUGACUUCAAAGGCAACCUUUACUAGGAGUUAUAACAUGUAGUGACAUGAUUAGUUUGGCUAAAGUUCUGUUUAUAUUAAAUAUACUCAUUAAACAGAAAUAUACUAGUGCCUACAAAUCAUCUGCUCUCUUAGUGUAGGAAAUAGUAAGAUUGAUGUGUUAAUAAGCACAAUUAUGCUGAAAUGUUUCUUAGGCCUUUUCAGCACUCAUCAAAAUUUUGCCAAGUCUCCCUCCUGCAAAUACAAAGGAGGGACAGGAUUUCCAUUCUUUCAGCUUUUCAACAAUGCAAUGCCUAAGACACAAGUACUUACUUACUCUUAUACACUAAGGUUAAAAUUCUAGUUCUACUGAAAUGGCAAAAUUCCUAUUGACUUCAGGAAGCUAGAAUUUAUCCCUAAAUGUUUUUAUUUCUAUUAGUACUUAACUUCAAUCAACUUCCUCAGAAUUCUGUUUUUAAGUCUAAAUCAGGGGUGGCCAGAGUUACUCACCCUGGGAGCCACAUCUGAUCCUCCACCAAAGUCAGAGGGGGAUGCUGAGUGACCAGUUGUGGAGGUAACCACCCUCCCCCCUGCACCGCCAAGCCACUCCAGCUUUCCCCAUGCUGAGCAUGCCCUAGGGUAAGCAGCAUGGCUGCAGCCCCCACCCCUGGCAGCCUGGUGCUGGGCUGUGCUGUCCCCUGGAGUCACCUCGAGAAAAGUGGGCAGGGCUUUGGCCAAUUUCCAGCGAGCCGCAAUUUGCCCCUUUGGUCUAAAUGUUCCUUUCAGUUACAAUCAUGAACUCAAUAUUUGACUACUCUUCUGCUAAAACUGCCUGAACAAAAGUGCAACACUGUCUACAGAAAACCAGAUGGGCAUUUUUCUAUCACUGAAUCAAUAAUAAUGGCCUAAAAAACCUUUCUUAAUGCAGGUUCAUUGAGCCCUAAUCCUAACUGAGCAGACAAUAACAUUUCAUGCACAUGAAUUAUAUAUCUAACAUAAAUAUCCUAAAUGGGCAUGUGGUAUAUCUGAUGUAUAAUGAUAAUAAGAUACUGAAUGUCUGUACAUAGACUCAAAGGCCCUUCAUUCGUGAGUUUAUUUUUUGAGUUCAUAUUUAAAUUUUGCAGAACUAUCAAACUAGAAUAUACCUCUGUGUGUGCGAAGGAUAUCAUAGUGUUACAGGCCAGUUUAUCAUCCCACACCAAGCGACUACACCCAUGGUAGUAUUGAUUUCUCUUCAGCAUUUACACAGUAAUGCCACAUGUUCAGAUUCCCAUCCCAUGAACAAGUUGAUUUUAUAACUGAGAAAGAUGGAUCAACCAGCAGGAAAAGAUCAUGAAUAACUAUAUAAUUAUAUACCCUAAUACCGUCUCAUUUAACUAGCAAUCUUUCUUUACUCUUUCCCUACACUCAACUUGAGUCCUACCCACCAGUCUCUGUAGCUAACCUACCAUUGCCUUUCCUCUACAUUCCUCUUAGGGUCUUGUUACAUGUUAAUUCUACUUAGCUCCUGGAGUUCUUGACCCCUGGAUUGUCCAAACAUUAACAUCUGAAACUAGUUUUAAGAACCCUUUAGGCAGCUUAAAGUUACACCACUCCAGCCUAGGUUUAUC